GCCAAAGAGAGAGAGAGAAAGAUGGCUGCAGUCAGCAGCAGUGGUGCUGGAGGGUGGUAGAGGGAUGCAUCUGCCACCGUCGUCGCCGGCCGACACCGAGAAUAGAGAUGAGAGGAAAAGUGGGAGGCGACAAGGGUGGGUAUAGGGUUUUUUUUUCGAAGAAAUAUGUUUAUUAAUUUUCUUCCACCGGGGGUGACCAUAUCCUGAUUCGACUUCCUCGUCGGCUCUUCGACACCAUAAACCUCAAGCCGAGUUCAAAAACCCCAAUCCAAUCAUAUCCUCUCUCUCUCUCGCACUCAUGUCUUCCCUGCACUCCCCUUCUCCCCGUCCCAUCUCCCCGCCUCCUUUCUUGUCCUCUUCACGCUGCCAGUCUUCUUAUUUGCCAUACUUCUCGGAGUCUUAUUUGCAGGGGAAGAGGUCCCAGCUUACCUCCAAUUCGCGUCGAGGUAAUCCAACUCUUCUUCCAACAGUAGUUUUCUCUUGUGGAGUGCACCAAACAAGCGCACAAGCACCAAAAUUUCUCACUUUUAGAAGGAAUAGUAGAUUGCCCACUAGAUCAGUAGAAUUACUUGAUUCCGUCGAGAAAAGUGGUGUUUUUCCUCAGUCUGCGGAGAAAGAUGGUGUUGUUCCCGCAGAACAAGCAGAUAAGAUGGUGGGUUUCGUGUUGGAAAAUGGCGAAGUGCCCGACGAGGAAAAUGGUGCCAACUGCGAUACUGGUGUCGUAGUAGGAGAGUAUCCCCAUUUAGUUAAAGAAGAUUGUCGAAUAGCCGAAAAGGAAAAUGUCCGUUUUGCAGAAGAGAAUUAUGCAUUGGAUACUGACAGGGAAAGAGAGGACCUUGGUUUUGCUGAGGGAAAUGGUACCUUACCCACUGAGGAAGGAUAUGAUGUCACCAAUGUCAUAGAGGAAAAUGGUGGGAUGCUUGAAAAGGAGCAGGACGUGCUUGUUGAUUUUACUGAGAGAAGGGUUUAUUCACCCACCGGCAAUGUGAGGUCAUUGGAUUCGUGUCAUAGAAGUGGUAGGCUGCAUAUAGGUGAGCUUGUUCAGAAAAUCAGUGGUUUACCAAUUGAAGAGCGUGUGAAGGUUCUUGAUCUUUUUCAAUAUGAUGAUAAAAGUUUAACAAUCUCUGAUUACAAUGACAUCCUCAUAGCUUUAGUGAAAGCUGGUGAAUUUGAAUCUGCUGUGAGUCUGUUCUCUGAGCUUCGAUCCCAUGGAUUGUCACCGGAUUCUUUGUCUUUCUCUAUCAUGAUUCAGUGUUUAUGUAAGAAGAAUGAUCCAGAUGAGGCAAAACAGGUUCUAGAUGAGAUGGUGCAAAGCGGGUUUCGUCCAAACAUUAUUACAUUCACGGCUGUGGUUAACAGUUUGUGCAAGAGGGGACGACUGAAGAAAGCUUUUGAGGUUUUUGAGAUCAUGAAUCAAGUUGGGUGUGAACCCACAAUUAGGACCUAUAAUUGCCUUAUCAGUGGGCUGUGUUAUGUGGGGAGGUUGGAGGAGGCCUUUCAACUCUUACAGAAAAUCAAGAAGUCUCCAAAGAUGCCAGAUAUCUAUACAUUUACCUUGGUCAUUGAUGGGUUUUGCAAGGUUGGGCGAUCAGAUGAGGCAAUUGAGCUGUUAAUAGAAGCUCAGGAGAUGGGACUAAAACCAACAAUUGUUACGUACAAUGCCCUUCUUAAUGGGUAUUGCAAGGAAGGCAGGCCUUUGGAAGGACUUCGCCUUUUGGAAGAAAUGCAACACAGAGAUUGCCUUCCUGAUAACAUUAGUUAUAGCACCAUAUUACAGGGCUUGUUGAAAUGGGGUGAAGUUUCUGCAGCUUGGAAGACUUAUAAGAAAAUGAAGGAGGCUUGUUUUCAGGUAGAUGUGCGAGUCAUGAACACGCUCCUCAGAGGCCUUUGCAGACAGUCAACAAUCAACAGUGAGCUGAUAAAAGAUGCUAAGGAACUAUUUGAGAAGGUUAUGGAAAUGGAUUUUGGCCCUUCACCUUACACUUAUUGCUUGAUGGUUCAAGCUCUUGCUAUAGGAGGUGAGAUUGAUGAGGCAUUAGCCCUUUUGCAUGAGAUGGUAAGAGCAGGGUAUUCUCCAAGAAUGAUGACAUACAAUGUGAUUCUACGAACUUUAUGUGAGGAAGGGAGAGUUAAUGAUGCAUUAGGUAUAUUGGUUCUUAUGAUUAAAAGAGAGAAAAUUCCUAGUAGAUUUUCUUUCCGUGUAUUGCUCAAUGAGCUUAGUCGACAGGGAAGACUGUUAGAUGCUUUUGGAGUAUAUGCAGCUGCAAUCAAACGGAAUGUAAUUUCCAAUUGGAAGCCACAAAAGGAUUGGCAGAAUGACGAGGAAUUAAAUUAUAUUCAAGGAGAGGAAAGCACUGAUCAAAGCAGUGAAGAAUACUUAACAUGUGCAAAUAUGAAGGUCGCAAAAUGAGCAGCAAAGAUAGCAAUGAAAUUGCCUAAAGGAGAUUAUAUUGCUCAAAUGCAAUUGAAGACAUCCCAUGAGAGCACUUGCGUCUCCUGUUGUGUGUUAAUGGAAAAGUUCCAUGAUCCACAAGCAUUGAAAUUUAGUUUCAUAUCAUCAUCAAGUGCUGGAAAUGUUGCCUGUGACAUCAAAUGAGCUCAGUUGUUUUGUCAAUAUACUCUGGAGCCACAAGGAUGGCGAGGCAAGCUAUUUGUGGAAGAUGAUUUAAGCAAUCAGAAAUGGAUAAGGGCAGGAGUAAGAAAAGCAACAAAUAAAGCAUAGAAGCUGUUGCAAUGUUGGAGCUUUAAGAUCCUCAACAUGGCUGAUGUCUCUUAUUAAAUGAAGGUCAAACCAGUAGUGACAAACAUGAAGCUGUAAUACUCUAAAUUGAGCUUUUCGUUAACCGGAAAGGCUUUCAUAUUGUUCCGGUGAUGCAGUUACAAUUUAUU